GACGCCAUUUUUUGUAAUGAAAAUAAUCAAAACAAUGACUCAGAGCAGAGCGCAGGAAAGCAACGAUAGAUCGAAUUUGUUUCUGUGAAUUUAAGUGAUUUAUUGCUUUUUAUUGAAAAUAUAUUACUCAAAUCGUGUGACAACUUAAGUCAGUUGUUAGUAAAAUCUGUUUUGGCGUGUGAAUCGUAAUCAAUAUUAGGACAACAUUCCUAUACUGACAAAUUGUUUUGAUGCGUGAAAUUUCUUUAUUUGUGGCUCAAGAUGAACCAAAUGGAACGACAAACCAUUCUCCGUCAGAUGGACCAGUUGAUUCAGAAGACCAAUUAUGAGAUUUUGAGAAAUGAAUGCUACAAUCGAAGAAUGCUGUCGGAGGUAAUGGUAGUAAUCAUUGAGCAUCGCUACCCAGAUGAAGCUACAAAACACAAAAAGUUAUUUGAAAAAAUAACCAAACGAGGGCCAACUGCAUUCCAGACCUUGCUGGAAAUUUGUCAAAAAGAUUUUCCUGAUGCCUAUGCGUUGCUAAAACCUGGAAAUCCUCCAAGCAGUGGUACUAGUUCGGGCAAUAAUAAUGGGCAGGAGAAAUACCGCUCAACAUUUAAUCCGAACAGACCCCGUUCGAUCAGUGCCAAUCUGGGGGACUCUAGCCGUUCGGUGGAACUUCAGCGUAAAUUGCGGAAUCUAUCGAUAGGAUCUCGCUCGGUGUCCGAAGAGGACGAUCUAAAGAAUAACAACAGUAUCUUGCUUGAAACUACGGACAAGGGCAUUAAGUGCCAAUUGGAAGUAUUUGAAGAAAAAUGUGAGGAUCUACUCAAGGUAGAACUUACGACCAGACCACAACGGCAUCGCUUGUUACAAGCCUAUGAAAUGAGAAGUCGCAAUAGAGGUGUAGUGUUUAUACUGAACGUGAUUACCUACAUCAAUAACACACAUCCAGUGCGAAAUGGAGCGCGAACGGAUAAAAACAAUUUGGUGUCAUUGUUCCGACAGCUUGGUUUUACUGUUUUCUACUAUGAGGAUCUCACCAGAGCGGACUUUGUGGACUUGAUCGAACAGCUGAAAGCCUCAGAUCAUCUUUCAACAGAAUGCUUCGCUUUUUAUGUUUUGGCCCAUGGUAACCAUACUAAAGGACGGGACAAAAUUUAUCUUCAUGAUAAUUCGGUGUUAUUUGUGGAGGAAAUUUUGGUGCACUUUAAUAAUGCCAAUUGCCGCAAAUUGAUACGAAAACCGAAGCUUUUUUUCUUUUCCAUCUGCAGGGGCGAUCAAGCAGAUUACGGCACUUUACGGCCAUCGGAGCACACGGAGCGUGACGGUAUGAUCAACCUGAAAAAGGACCCACCUACUAACAUGCCGACCUUUGCGGACAUGUUUAUCUGUUUCUCAACCGUGCCGGGAUUCGCUGCUCAUCGAGAUCUGCACAACGGGUCCUGGUUUGUGGAGAGUAUGUGCGAGGUCUGGGCUAAGCAUGCUCAUGAUACCGACGUGGAACAGUUGAUGAAACUUGUCGGAAAGCAUGCCAGCUUGUAUCGGACUGAACAGAACAAUGCGCUGCAAACCUUGGCAAGCGAGCAGCGAGGUUUUUUCGAUGUGCUAUACCUCAAUCCGGGAUAUAAUGCUGACUGAAAAAGCUAUGGAAGUUUAUUCAUUAUGCCAGACUCUGCACUCAAGUACAGCGAACCGUGAAGGGUUUGGUUAUUAAUAGUUUAGAGUAUAUUCUUUAUUAUUCUUUUUAUGUCAAUAAAAACAAAACAUUAAAA